AGAAAUGUUUGAUUAGAAGCAUAAAAUAAAAUAGAAAACUAGAAAAAUCAUAAACUCAGCGUUUGUUAUCUUCCGUUGAAAGAAGAGAAGAGAAGAGAAGAGGCAAUGAGAACGACGAUGAGGCUGAGGUCGUCGACGCUGGUGUGGGUCGUGUUGUUGACGAUAUCGACCUUCGCUCAACAGCACAAUGGCCUCGUCCCGUCUCGGACUUUGCUCAACCAAUUGUCCGGAAGCGCCAAUUACUUGACCAUGGAGGAGCUCUGGUUCCAACAGACUCUCGAUCACUUCUCUCCCUACGAUCACCGCCGGUUUCAGCAGCGAUACUAUGAAUUCUUUGACUACUUUCGGCUUCCAGAUGGACCGAUUUUCCUGAAAAUUUGUGGUGAAUCUUCAUGCAAUGGGAUAGCCAAUGACUAUAUUAGCGUAUUAGCAAAGAAGUUUGGAGCAGCAGUUGUUUCUCUUGAGCAUCGUUACUAUGGGAAAAGUUCACCCUUCAAUUCGCUGAAGACAGAAAAUUUGAGGUAUCUGUCAUCUAAGCAGGCGCUCUAUGAUUUGGCUGUUUUUCGUCAGUAUUAUCAGAAAUCUUUGGAUUUAAAGCUCAAUAGAUCAAAUGUUGAAAAUCCAUGGUUCGUUUUCGGUAUCUCGUACUCGGGAGCGCUUAGUGCAUGGUUCCGUCUUAAGUUCCCUCAUUUAACAUGUGGAAGCCUUGCAAGUUCUGCUGUUGUUCAUGCAGUUUAUAACUUCACUGAAUUUGACCGGCAGGUAAACACAAUAUUGGCUCUCUUUUUUCCCCUUAUAUACGCAUCAAUAACUUUUUUUUGA